AUCUAGUGACCUCAGUGUUGUGUUGUCUGCAGCCUGAACUGCACAGAAUGGAGCCUCUUACCCCCGGCCACAGAGGAGAUGGUGACACAGACAGAUGUGGUGAAGGGCCGCUUCAUGGGGGACCCCUCGCAUGAGUAUGAGCACACAGAGCUCCAGAAGGUGACGGAGGGCGAGAAGUCUUUCGAUGAAGAAGUCGUGGUCCAGAUCAAGGAGGAGACCCGCUUGGUGUCUAUCAUUGACCAGAUUGACAGGGCUGUGGCCAUUGUUCCUCGAGGUGCCCUCUUCAAGACCCCUUUUGGGUCUACUCAUGUCAAUCGGACCUUUGAAGGACUCUCCAUGUCUGAGGUCAAGAAGCUCAGUUCCUACUUCCACUUCAGGGAGGCUGUGGACCUGAAGAACAAGACCUUGCUUGAGAAGGCUAACCUGGACCCCUCCCUGGACUUCCUGGAUUCCCUGGAGUAUGACAUCCCCAAAGGGUCCUGGAGCAUCCAGAUGGAGAGGGGCAACGCUCUGGUGGUGCUACGCAGCCUGCUCUGGCCAGGCCUCACCUUCUACCAUGCUCCUCGUACCAAAAACUAUGGCUACAUCUACGUGGGCACUGCUCUGAGAGGUCCACCAGGCCAGGAAACCCAGUCCAAAGCACUGGCCUCUGGAGAACUGGAAUGUGCGACUGCAGGGGACACUAGAACACGACUGCUGGCAACAGCUGGAGGUGACAACCUCCAACCUUCCUUUGAGGAAGACAAAUGAAGAUGGACAAAUGUGGGCUACCCGUGGGCUGGGUAGCCCAACCCACCUCCUCACAGCCCCCAUGCAAAAGCACCACUG